AUGACUUCAAGCGACUUCGAUCUGGCAAUUGUCGGUGGCGGUAUCGGUGGUCUUUGCUUGGCUCUCUGUGUUACCAGCCAAACAAGUAUUCCAGUCACCAUAUACGAAAAUGCCCCGAAGUUUGGUGAAAUCGGUGCAGGUGUCGCAUUUGGGCCAAAUGUCGUGAGAGCGCUUCGGCAAAUUUCAAAGCCAUUGGCUUCUGCAGUUGAAGCCCGCGCAAACAAAAACAUUUUCAAUGACAAACGAAACACUUGGUUUGACUUCCGAGUUGGCAUGGACGGUCCCGAUGCAGCAGCGAAGGCUCGUGGUGUUGUUGCCGGGACUUAUCUCUGCUCCGUUGAGCAUCCCGCCCCCGGCAGCUGGAUGGUCAAUCGCUCUCACCUGGUUGAAGAGUUGGAGAAACUCCUCCCCCCAGGACUCGCUAAAUUUGGAAAGACUGUCAUUGAUGUUGAGGAUAACGAGAAAGGAGGUGUUAUUCUCAAAUUUGCGGAUGGAUCAGCAGCCCACCAUAGUGCCGCCAUUGGAUGUGAUGGUAUCAAGAGUCGAGUCCGAAGCGUCAUCUUCGAUAAGGACCACACCCUCGCCAAACCAGUCUACACCGGCAAGUACUGCUACAGGGGAAUGGUACCAAUGGAUAAGGCAGUGGAGCUUCUCGGCGAGGAGAAGGCGAAGAACUGUCAAGCCUACCUCGGAUACCACGGCCACAUGCUCACAUUUCCGGUGGCAGGAGGUAGGAUGAUGAACGUUGUCGCAUUUCAGUCAUACAAAGAAUGGAAACACGACACCAUGGUUAUUCCAGCCACCAAGACACAGAUGUUGGAAAGCUUCGAUGGCUGGGGCGAGGAUGUGCUCAACAUCGUCCGGCUAAUGGGGCAGUCAGACAUCUGGGCUCUCUUCGACAUGCCACCUACCAGUGCCUAUCACAAAGGCCGACUGUGUCUCCUUGGCGACGCUGCACAUGCUUCUACUCCUUUUCAGGGAGCAGGCGCCGGAAUGGCAGUAGAGGAUGCAUACGUCUUGGGAAGGAUUCUCCGACACAUUGAGAAAGCAGAGGAUUUGCCCACGGCUUUUGAAGCAUUCAGUGCUGCUAGAGUAGAUCGCACCGAAAGAGUAGUGUCUACGAGCAGAGAGGCUGGACAUCUCUGGCAUUUUGAAGCGGCUGGGGAUGAUCUUGAAAAGAUCAAAGAGAACCUGCAAGGCAGAAUGAAUUGGAUUUGGAAUAACGAUCUGGAAGAAGAUAUUACAGAGGUGGUUUCUAGGUGGCUCAAAUCUUAA